UGAAUUGAUAUCAUGGACACUUGAACCUUUCUACGAAACGAAACAUUUUGAUCUAUAUUUGGAUGUGCUGUGCUAUUAUAUUGUCUGGCUAUGUUAAUGUUAAUGAUAAUAAUAAUAAUAAAAAAAGACAUUGUCAUUAUAUUAUGAGGACUACUCACUUUCUUACUACAGUCAACAGUACACUCUAGAUCUACUUCUGAUUGUUGUGUGUAUAAUAUUGUGACCGUCGCCGUCAGGCUUCCACGGUUUUUUGGUUUUGUUUGCUGACGGACAUGCUUUGAAAGUUGUUUGGCCCGUUUUGUCAACAAAGCCCAAGACGAAACCGAGACCGACUUGUUGAGUUUAAGCCUGGAUAACAAGACAGGAAGGCUACAGACGGCUAAUUCAAACAUCUUGUGGAUCCAUUGUCUGCUUUGGCAUAACAAGGAUUUAAAGAUUUCUACAAGAGUGCAUCUGAGACCAAAGGUCCAGAAGCACGAAUGGAUUUUGUUAGUCUACCACCAGAGAUUAUUGAGAAAAUUUUCUUGCAACUGGAUACUCAAGCUCUAGCUGCUUGUGCCUUGGUAGAUGAAUGUUUGGCAAAACUCAUCUACGGCCGCCACUUUUUAGAUGAAUAUUGCCGAAAAACUUUCUGCUGCUCUUGGCUGACUGCUCAGGAUGUCCAUGAUGUCGAUAUCGCUGUCCCCUUUGAGUUCUGGUUCUGGGUCUAUGAAACGGUGAAGGCUCAGGACGCCCAUCAUGGAACUGUCAUCUACCAGAGCAAAUACCUCACUAAGAUUGGAACAUUGAAGCAUCUCUUCAUUAUGUGGCUCAUGUGUGGACAUCGUUCCAGUUUCAUUGACUCUCAUGCAUUGAUGAAUGUACUGUACCCACUUCCUCAUACUGUUCAUGAUGUUUUUGACUCAAAAUGCAAGCAACCAGAACCUUUUAUUAUUGACACCCUGAUGAAGAUAUUUUUCUCCCUGCCAGAAAUAAUGCACGUUAGUUGCAGCAAUUUGAAAGUUUUCAGCAUGCAGAAAGGAACAGUUACCACUGCCCCGAUACAAUAUAUAGUCAGGACAAAACUGAAGGAGAGAUUGCCUAAGAAUUUCCGUCCAGUCUUCAGUGUGGAGAUGCUAUGUGCCUCAAAUUCUGCUCGCACUCCUGCCCUGGUGAUUCUCAUGGACAGAGACUGGUGGAUAUUGUGGUUUGGGAUGGUGAAUUUUUCUACAGAUCGACCAGAUGGUUUAGACCACUUUUGUUAUGGAACUUACAGUCACAGUGUUAUGUUGGGAGAUAUAAAACUGGAUGCUAAAUCUGCCAUCAAGCAUUUUAAUGAUCAUGUGCAGAGUCACAGGGAUGUGUCUCGAGGGUCAUCGUCAGAACCAGCAAUGAGAGUAUUGCCCUGCCCUCUCAUCACCUUCGAGAAUUCAGACAUGGCGGACAUGACCUUUUCACUGGCACAGGAAAGUCUAAGGGGCUUGCAGAAGAAAUUUCAAAUUGUCCUCAACAGGACCUGCAGUCAUGUUAUCAAAGCUCUACGAAAGAUUUUAUGUGAACAGGAUUACACACGAGUCUCGAGGUUGUUUAGCACAAGAGCUUCACAAAAUGAUCAGAUCGAUGAAUUUGUUCUUCAUUUACUUCAUGUGGAUAUGGUCAGUGCUAUGUUCAACCCCAGUCAUCAACUUGACUUUGUCGUUUAUAAGUACAUCUUGGAGAGGAUAGCAUUUAUGUUCAGAAACGAAAUCCACAAGAGUCUGGUGAGCAAUUUCAGCCAUGCUUUUCUCUGCAACUGUCUGGGCCCAUCGUUUCCUUUGAAGUGUUGUUGCAACCCACAGUUGACGAUAGAGAAAUGCUUGUCUGUCAAAAUCAAAGAUGGCCUCUACUCUCCUCAGAUGUGGCCUCCACAUGUCUUGUCCGCCGCUUGCCUGAUCAUGCCUGCUCUUGCUGAAGUACUCAAGUCUGACAUUUUGUUGAUGAAAAUGGGCCGCUUGAAGUGGGCCCUCUCUAGGAAUGCUGUCAGUCAGCUCAAUCAAAAGCUGAGAAUCUCUGGCCUCACCCUCACUAACAGGCCACCAGGCAAGCCACGGUACCCACCAGUGCUGAAGCAAGUCCGACUUCUGAUAGUCGACAGUCUGGGGCUGACAAGGAAAGACCCUCUAGGUUAACAGUUAACGUCUCUAGGACAGGAAAAUCUCUGGUCUGUGGCACUUUUUGGACUUUAUUUCUGAUGUGUGUCAGUUGUCCUUUUAAAUAAAGAUGAAUUCAAGUUCAAGUGUAUGAGAACCCCCACCCCAAAUGUAUUCUUAACUGAAGUCGAAUAGAUAGAGAGAGAUACUGUGUUUGGAGUUUUAAAGGAUAAUUCAUUUAAAUAUAAACCAACUUGCUGUGAAAAGGAGACUGUUGCUUUUGGGCCUUGCAGUAGUCAAGAGACUUUUUAUGCUGUAAAAUGAUCAAUUAAGACAUUUAAUGGGAACUGUUGCGGAGGACAUUUAAAAAAAAAAAAUUGAUUAGUAGCCUAUGAACAAUAUUGUAUGAGAUUUAAGUUGUGGUCUGUGGCUUGUGGACAAACUUUUAAGUCAGCUCAGCCCUGAUCAGCUAAUUAGAGCUUGUUAGGGUCAAGGAGCCUUUAAGGCCUGUUUGUUGUCUUCAUUAACAAAAAGAAAGCAUGCAGUGGAAAGUAACAGUAACGUACCUCAUCUUUUGUGGCAAGUCAAUGUGAAAUGGCGACUGAGACUGUGUUUUAAAGUUUUUAGCGCGGUUGAAAAUUUUAAUGGAACACAUGUGACUUUACUGGUUACUUUGUUAAUCUGCUGACUUUUUUAAUUUUCAGAAUAUGAUUUAGUCAUUGCGUGAUAAUGAUGUACAUUUCUCCAAGUAUGUUUUAUCGAUUGGCUCUUAGUUCUUAAUUUCAUUGUGUUGUUUCCCCGACUUAUUUUCGUGUCCUUUUUGUUUGCCUCCCUUCACAUUAUAUGAUAUAUAGGAAAUCAAUGAAGAAGAUAUUGAGGUAAAUUCAACUGUUUAAAAUAUCCAUAGUCUUGCAAGCUAUUGACAGUACAAAUUUCUACAAGACAGAAAACUUUUCUAUAAUGAUAAUAUUUCUGGGUAAAGUCUUGUGUUAUUUUCUUUUACCUUCAGUGCAUUUAGUGUUUGUGAAAAUUGCACCACACUUGUCUAAAUUCUUUACCAUUACUAUUGAACGUUAUUUAUGCUGGGUAGAUCAUAGCAUUUCAUUCAUUGUUCAAUUGUUGUCCAACUUUUGAAAUGAACCAAAGUAAAAGAUGCAUUACAGUUUAUAAAUUAAAAUCAAUUACCAGCAAGUCUGAAAUGGUAAAAUGCAGUAUGAUAUUAAGACCAGGUAUUGUUACCUUAUGAUUUCAAUGUGGGGACAUGCAUACGUGUGCGGGGUGAUGUGCCAUUGAAUUUAAUCUUUCUGUUUGAUAUGUUUUCUUUUUUCUUAUAAAAUGGAAGUCAAUUUGAUUGCUGUCAAAUAGUACUUCAUCUCUUGAUAGUAAGUGACUGUCCAAAAGAAAGAUAUUGUCAGAAUGUUUAGGUUUUUUUCUCCAACUGGUACCCACAUUGAAUUAUUUUACUGUAAUGGAGAUUUUUAUGGUUUGUCAUUAUUCGCUCUUCCAUGCCACAUCUCAGUUCUGUACCCAACAUCAUUGCACUUUAUCAAUGCAAAACAGUGCUGUGACAAAUUCUCAAAAUGAACAGAAACUGCUUUGCUUAUUAUAAACUUGAAAUGGAGGAGAUUAUGAGCUAGCAUUUCAUAGGUUCAGUGUUCAUGUGAUGCAACUUUUCUGGCUGUUAUACAUAAGAAAAGAUCAUGUGUUUCUAGGGAGUAAUUGCUAUCAUAACUAAUUUAUAAUAUCAUAAGUGCCAACCAGUAGGCCUACAUUAAAAACGUAAUUUAUGUUUUAGAGGGUCUGAGUACUGCAGUCUGUAUUUUUGGUCAGAAAAUAUGCGCUCUGUUUUCUAGUAUCGCUCCUGGCGGACUUGUCGGCAUUGAAGGAAAACUAAGAACUUUCAAGAUUGGAUUUGCAAACAAUAAUGAGAACAAAGGAGAUUAAUCCACAUUUCUGACAUUAUUGUUGCAGGUCUGCUUUGAAUAACUUGAAUUCUUUGAAUGUAGAAAAAAAAUAUGUGAAGGGUUUGGAGGUAGCCUACUUGUCCAGUGCCCACCAUCUUGACUGCCAUGAACGUAGAGUCUGUUGUUAUUUUGGAUUUCAAAGGUCGGCAGCUGUGUAAUGUAAUUGAUUCAUUUCUUUGAUUUUGAAAUACUGUUGCCCCAAAAUUCUUUCUUUUUUAAAUUAAGGAAAGAGGCAGAUAUGUAAAGUUCAAAAUUGAGACUUUUUACUUCUUUGAUUACCCUGCUAUUGAUAUUUCAUAUUUCAAUUUGUAUCAGUAGAAAAGUGACUUUACAAAGUUCUGGAAGCCACAUUUGCCUGUUUUUACUUGUAUGUAGAAUGAAAUCUUUUGACUUUAGAAAUCGUCUUUCUCAAAGGGUAUGAUUUUGAUUAAGUGACCAGUGUAAAAGUAGUUCUUCUAAAAAAAUAUUCAAGUUGAGCUUUCAAAUUUUCAGUGGACUAAGAUAUGAUGUUAUUGUAGAUAAUAAUAAUAAUAAAUGAAUUUAUAACGCGCCAGAAUCCACAAAGCGUGCUCGGUGGUGCUUACAAAACACACACACACACCCCCACAAAAGCUCUAAAGCUCAGUACCACUACGACAGGCAUAAAUUUUUAAAAAUUAAAAAAGGGCUAGUAAUUUUUCUCAAAAGUUAUGUAAGUAAAUGUUGAAUUUUGAUCUUUGAGUGUCUUAUAGGUGAUAGUGCCUGUACACUAACAUUUUGAAAAUAUGGAAAAAAAUAGUUUUCCUCCAAAUCUAAUCAUUUCAGAGGGCCAGUUACUUUUCGGGAUAAUUGAUCAAACAAUUUUUUAGAAGAACCAUCUGUACAUUGUUUAUUUAUGAUUCAAGAUGGCCAAUGUUUCCAUAGAAAUCGUGAUGUCCUUCCCCUCACAAUAAAAAUUCCUUGUAUUUCUUUUAUAAGUCAUUCUUAGCAAUAGUGGGAAAUUUAAAUGAAAAUAACUAGAAAUGAGCAAGUUUGAAGUUUUAAGAGUCUUUUUCCUGAAAAUGAAUUACAAAAUAUGCCUACGUUAUUUGUUUUUAAAAAAAUUCAAAAUGCUAAUAAUUAUACCAUAUAUUUUGCAAAUUAUUUGAAUGGUGCUGAUAUUCAAAGCUAUUUAGUCACACAUCAAUAAAUUACUGUCUUUCAAAAAUGUUUUUAAUUUAUAUUGUUACAUAAAAAAAAUUUCUUAUGUAACGCAGUAUUCAUUUUUAUUUCUUUCAAGUUUGCCCUUCCGUCACAUGACUUAUUGUGCCAUUUUACCCGAUGCUGAUGUUCAGAUUUUUUUUCACUUCAGUAGCAUUGAAGCUUUAAAUUGUCAUCCGUAAGAGUAUCUGAAAGGUUGACAUUUUUUUCGCAUUUUAGCUAUUAUUAUUCUUUAAAAUGUGAUACGGGUGAAUUUUUAACUAUUUCUUCCUUUCAGCGACUUGUCAUCUGUGCAUACAUUACUGAGAAUAUGGGGCCAAAAGCAGUAUGUGCUGCAUUUAUUUUACUGGUAGUCCACAAAUGUUACCAUUGCAGUGUGAGGAUGGUGAUAAUAAAUUAUAAAUUAUAUUGAGCAUUCAAA